AUGAAGCCAAACAUCACCGUUAUCAUGAUCGAACACGAAAACACCGAACAACUGAACUUCCACAGGUUUUUCGACUCUUGGCUCAGGGAGCUAAAUACCAACCUCCAACAGCUCGCCUCCGCCGCUAGCCACCACCACGACGAUGAUCAAAUCGAAGACGACUCAGAUUUACACUCGUUGAUUCAUAAAGUUGUAGGACACUACGAGGAGUACUACAACGCCAAAUCAAAAGGGGCAAAAGAAGAUGUGCUUUCAAUGUUUUCGCCAACGUGGCUGACAUCGCUCGAGGAUGCCCUUUUGUGGAUGGCCGGAUGGCGGCCGACGACGGCCGUCCACCUGCUGUACUCCAAGUCAGGAAUCCAGCUUGAGGCCAGAAUGACUGAUCUAAUUCCGGUGUUGAGUUGUGGGGAUUUAGGGGACUUGAGUUCGAAUCAAAUGAACCAAAUCGAUGAAUUACAGAGGAAAAUCAUCCGUGAAGAGAGAGUGAUAACUGAGAGACUGGCGUCACUGCAGGAGUCGGCGGCAGACACGGGCAUGGUGGAUUUAUCAAACAUGGAAUCAGAGAUGAUCAGAAAGGAAGAAGACAGUGGAGGGAGGGACAUCGAUCAAAGAGUGAAAUCUUUGCUAAAGAAUAAGAAGGAUGAAUUGGAGGAGGUGUUACACAUGGGAGAUAGUCUGAGAAUGGAGACAUUGAAGUCCGUUUUGGAGAUUCUGACGCCGUUACAGGCGGUGUACUUUCUUAUCGCCGCCGCGGAGCUCCACCUCAGAAUACACGAUUGGGGCCAGAAGAUGGACGCGACUUAA